ACGUGAGUUAUAUUAAGCAUUUCAUACAGAUUACAAUUGAAAUUACUAUUUCAGAAGUAAUCAUAAAUUAAAGUUCCGUUUCGAGCCAGUACGAAAUGCUAAAGACGCUAACAUCCGUUUGUGCCAAUUUUUACCACCUUAUAUGCGCUGCGAUCGUUUUACUUACCCCCACCAUACACUUCGCACGGUGGCAAUACUCGUAGUUUAUGUACACCCUAUUUCAGUGCAAAACUACCCUGAUUACAUACCUAUAUGGAAAAUCCUAGUAUAUAUAAUUGUGUUGUCAUCACAAAACUAUUGUAAUAUUUCCUGAUAUUCGAUAAGACGAUUCUGAAUAAUUUCAAUGGCAACGAAAAGGAUUAACUGAACGUAUUCAUUGGUUGGUUCUCUGAAUACUCUUUACUCGGAAACAACAUAAUACCUACAGAAACAGACCAAACAAAAUAUGAAGCUCUCUCUGGAUAUGUUUCAUUAAGUAAGCGUUUUCCGACUUCCGCCUCGAUCCCGCGGUUUUAUCUUUUCCCUCCGGAGCGAGAUAAAAAGUAGACUAAGUGGUGCUUUAACUUUGCAGGUUUUGGGAAAAUUAAACAAUAUUCUGUGCUGAGCACGGCGCCAAAUGGCAAUGGGUUUGCUUGAGCCCCAAGAACGAUACAUAUAUUUUGUUUAUACCUUUUUUAUGCUGCCAAUUCACUUGGUGGUUUGCUAUAGCUAUCUUUAUUCUACCAUUCGUGUUACACAUUUUUUCUUAAUAUGAGUGACGAAAGUGACGCAAUCAAACCAAGCAAACCCUCGUAAUGAAUUUCCGCGACACACUUGCCAAAGUCAGUUAGUGAUAAUUUGUUGUUUUCGAUUCUAUUCAAAAUAAGAGAUAGAGAGAGAGAAAUAGGUGUUGUGUAAAAUUUUUACAAAAAAAUUCCAGACCUGAGACUUAAAUAAUAAUAAAUAUAAUGAUGUUUAUAGUACUUAUGCUAAUACCAAAACUUUAUACUAAAACUUAAAUAAUUUGAGGAGGAGAGAAGAAAAAUGUGGAACUAAAUUAAUGGCGCUGGAAUGUAACACCCCCGGGAUAUAAUAACCUUGAUCAGUACUAACCUAAUAGUACCAAACUAAUAACAAAGAUCUUCAAUAAGAAAACUAUCCCGAAGGACCUGUUAGUGCUUCUAGGAAAUUUUAUAAAUUGCAUUUUUACGUUAAAUAGACUUAGAGUGUAGUAAACUACGUAGUUGUGGUCACGUACUACUCACUUAUAUCUAUUUAUAGAGCACGGACAUUAAAUUAUCUAUUAAAUUUUUUGUUCCACAUUCAAUCUCCCGUCGAUUUAUUGAGUAAGUAAGUAAACACUUUAUUGUACGCGAUAAAUAAAUAUUCAUAACAUCAAUAACAAAAGAAUCGUAUCAUUUAUUUAGCUGUGGAGGAGGAGCAUUCCAUGAAAUAGUCUACCUUUGUCCCGUACAAACGCGAAUUUUAUCAAGGUUUGAAGGUACAAGAGUUUCCUUUUCUGUGACUUAUGGUCAAAAAUAUACAUAGAAACCAAUCGCCUACUUUAAACGCCGACAAAAAAGUCGCAACACAAAAAAUAAAAUGCGUCCGUGCGGGACAGCUCGUGGAAUGCUCCAACACAGGAACGUCGAUCUGAGCCCCUGAUAUAGCGUGUCACACACACUCAUAUUAUUAUGACGUUAAAUCUGUCAGUAAUUUAAUAAAAGGUCAUUAACGCUCAUAAAUAAAUAUGUACCCUAACCCGAGGCAUUAACUAAUGGGAUUAAAAGACAAAAUUUUAAUGAGCACCCCCACUUAAAUGAGUUUGUUAUUGUCAAAAUAUUUCAUAAAUACCGAUGACUUCCCACCGUAAGCUCAAAUUCAUAUCAGUAUUCCAUUGAACACGAGCAAAUGAGUGAUCAGUAAAGUUAACAAUAAAUAUUGAAAUCGUUUAGAGUUUUCCUCGAAGAUAAAACCCAAAUAUUACGAACGUGAACUUUCCUUUAUAUGACAAUACGUGAAAUUCUCGCUUAGCAGUGUGUCAAAAACAAGCAAGACUGAUCGGGUGCAAAGUAUUAACCUAUAGAUAAUAAAUAUUGAAACCAACUCAGUGCUUUCCCAGUACCGUCCCAGUUAUCCGAUAUGAGUACAAACGCUUUGUUGUCAUCCAUAUACCCAUGCGUUAAAUGCCAAGUAUGUUACCAAGGCUACAAGCAACUGUUGGAGCACCUAUAUUGGCGGCAUGGUACUGAGAGCGUUUGGUGUAGCUGCGGCCUCAAGCGUUGGGUGUACGCCGAUCACCAAUGCAACGUGCUACCUAUUGAUGAUGAUGAUGAUAAUGAGUCAGUGUCGUCAGAAGACUCGCAGUAUUACUCGGAGCGCGAGACCGAGUACUGCUACUGCGGGAGGAAUAUCUCGUCGCCUAUGAUUGGGUGCGACGGGCCACAAUGCGCGUUACAAUGGUACCAUUUCUCGUGUGUGGGGAUCACAAUCCCGCCACUUGGAGAUUGGCUUUGCCCGGAUUGCUGUAAACGGAGCGUGAUACAGAAAUCUAACAAGGAUAAAAUACUGCAGACUUGAAAAUCUGGAAUGUUUGGAAAUGUUGGAGAAAUACUACUGCGCUCAAGUACGAGUGUGUGUUGCUAAUAUGAAAUCAUGUUUAUAUUCUAGUACUUUCAGUUUUGAAAAUAAUGGAACUAAUGCGUUUUAUUAGUGUAUACAAAAAUUUAAUUAAGAAAUAAAGAAAUUGAAUUGAA